CCCCCACUGACCACCAUUGACCAUUCAUUCAUCCUGAUUUAUUUUAUUGUAUUGAAUUGAAGUUGUCGAAGAGAAGAAGUUGUAUUGUACACAUCAUAUGUGUAGCGCGUAGUUAUCACACCGUAAUUGUAAUUUGAUUUGCCAUCAGUUUAUUGUAUAGCGUAUAUUAAUUAUUUCUGCGUAAAAUAAUAAAUAAUUUCGUGCUGUUGACGCUUGAGGGAAUAAAUAACAUUCUGCUUUUAAAUUAAAUUAUAAAUACUACAAAAAUGAGCUACAGGGAUACGGCUGUUCAACAGUGCACAUUGUUUCCAAGACACAAAUACUGUGCUGCUAAUGAACAACGGGUAGGAUCCUACCUGCGAACACUAAUGAGUUUCGGCUCGUCGUCGUCGAUGUCAAUGCUGAGUUCGCUGAGCGCGUACCGGCGGCCGAUGGACGUGCACUCCUACAGCCCCACGCCGGACGUUAAUGAAGUGUAUCCUGGACUCUACGUGGGGGAUGCGGUGGCCGCAAAAGACAAGGCGUUCCUCCGCCGGAUGGGCAUCACCUACGUGCUGAACACUGCCGAAGGCAAGCGCUACACACAGGUCGACACCGACCACCUCUAUUAUCGCGACUGCCCCGGCUUGCGGUACAAGGGCUUCCCAAUGAUGGACUUACCCACCACCGACAUAUCCAAGUAUUUCCACAUCGCUGCCAACUUUAUCGACGAGGGCAUUUCUAGGGGAAGUCGCGUGCUCGUCCACUGCUUCAUGGGCGUGUCCCGGUCGGCGACCUGCGCGAUCGCGUUCCUCAUGAUCAAGCGCAACAUGUCGCUGACGGAGGCGCUCGCCACCGUGCGUGCGCGCCGCGACAUCCACCCCAACGAGGGCUUCCUGCGCCAGCUCCAGGCGCUCGACAGAGACCUCCGCCUCCGCCUCCGCUGACCCAGAACCCCCUUCGCCUACCACAGCCUCUCCUGCGACCUGAGGCUGCCUCAUCGCGUCCGGAGCCUCGACCGCUCAUACAGCCACCACUAUUAACGCGAAUUUUGAUCGUUUAUCCUGGACUUCGAAGUUUUACCAGUGAAUGUGAGUUAUUUGGAGAUUUAAACUGUUUUCAGUUUCAUAAAUUCGAAUUAACUAUAGUCCAUGUUAGGGAAUCGAGCACUCUAUUUUUAGGGUUGAAUUGUGAUUUUUAGAGUCAGCAUUGAUAUCGUAUGCCAUUUUAUUUUUGAGCCAAAGGUAAAUUUAUUUUUAUAGUAUGAUCUGUUGUAGUAUAAGUAAAGUUAUGUCCAGUAUCAGUAAAUUACUUAUAUAAGAUGUUAAAGCUUCUUUAAAUUAGAGUAAAUUAUAAAUGAUAUCUAUUCAACAGUAUAGUACAAGUCUUCUAGCCUUAAGUCAUAAAAUGACUCUUAUGUGUUGUAUGUAAAGUAAAUACGCUUGUUAAGGGCAAGUUUAUUUUUAUAGCAGUAAGUUAUUGUUCCAAGACUGGGAAUUGAGAAGCCGGUCCAAUUUGUCCCCACUUCGCAUUUAAUGGGUACUUCGCAAAUUAAAGAAAAAACGUGAGAUCAAUCAAGCCUCGCUGACAAGUCAAAAAAUGCUAUACGAAUAAAACACAAAAGGAGGGUGUAGAAUUAUGUAUCUUGUGAGAUAGGUUGGCAAUAAAAGGGUUUGGGCGCUGCCAAGGCCGCCUUCUGUUUUUGUAAUGAUUUGAAAAGGCACAUACAAAUAACUUCAUGACGAGCUAUGGAUUAUAUGACACAUGCAAGCGUGGCCACGAAAACGAGAAUGAUUUCCAUCCAUGACAGUGACAUGAGGUAAAGAGUGUGUAUGUAGAAAAAAUAAGAAAACCCAACCACAAAUGCGAAACCAGGACAAAUUGGAAUCGGUGACUUGUGCAACACGAUAGCUGUCUAAAGUAAUGGAUGUGUUUAACAGUAUUUAGUUCAGCGUGUCAUUGUCUCGGCGAGUGUCACGGCGCGCGGGCACAUUGUCCGCUGCCAGCGUGACAGUUGGCUGCACAUUCGUGUCGUUAAAGCUCUAUUUUAGACUACCCCACGAAACAGGUCACAAUCAAGAUCUUUGCACUAUGGAUGGCCCGUAGAUAUCGUUGGCCCUAGUUGGCUCUAUGGUUAAAUAUUAGGAAAGAUUCGAUGCUUGUAUUUGAUGUGUAAAUUUUAGCAGUCAAAUUAGAACUACGAAUUGUGCGAAAUGUAGAUGGCGCUGUAUGGCUUUGCACAUUAUGCGGUAAUUUCGACUGUCAAACAAACAUUUGAAGAAUGCAGGUACAGUGCCAUACUCGGCACGAUGUUCUCUUAAACUUUACACAUCUUAAUACAAUAAAUCAAUGCAUAUAGUAAACAUCCCUAUAAUGGAACAGGCACCAGUAAUGGGAUGGUAUAGACAAAUCCUGUAAAACAAGUAUUUACCAUCAGUUUUUAAUCGCUGCCAACAUUUUACCAUAAACAAGAGACAAAGAGCUGCUUAAGUUUAAUUAUUCAUUGAUAUUAGUUAGUUACUUUGAAACUUAAUGACUGAUAUUCAAUUUCUAAAGCAUAAAGCGGUAGUAAUUUUACAGAUGAUGAUGAAAUAUUAAAAAAUACUCCAUUUUUUCUCUGAAAUGUCCCAUGAUUGGUGCCGUUAACAUAUUUGAUUGUAAAGAAUGCUGUUAGACAUUUUGGUAUUUUGUGCAAAGUUUAGAAAUUUGUAACUUACAUUAUUGAAUGGUUAAGUUUUAAUUGCAGCUAUUUUUGUCUCACUUAUUUAACCUAUGUACGAAAUUUUAUCAUUAGAUUCUAUAAUAUAAAACUCAGUGCAAUAUUACGUUACAAAAGCACCAAGGGAAGCUAAUAUGUGAUAGUUGAUAAGAAUAAAUAAUUAAACAAUAUAUUUUGAAAAUAUAUAGGUACUUCUAUGUUUAUAAAGAUUAUAAUUACAGACUAAUAUUUUUGUUAACACAUUUAUUUAUCUUGCCGGAGAUGUGUCAGAACAAUAUAGAUGUAUGAUAGUGUUAAGCAGUUUGCUUGUUACUGUGAUAAACAUUGUAUUGUAGUCUGAAGUGGGUUGCUUUAAUGAUUUAGAAUCUUACCCAUGUUAUAGUAAUGUUCGACACACUUCUCAUAGUCUAGUUAAAAGAUAUUUUAUAAGAAGCACUUCUUACAUUACAUUUUAUGGCUAGUUGAUACACAAGUUAUAAUGUUACGGAGGAUAUACUGAGGAAGUGGUAAAUUAAUAAAAGCCAAAUAAACAACAACUUAUCUCGAGUUGUGCAAGUGAAAUUUAAGAAGUUGGGCUUUGUGAUCUGUUAGUACAUCAUAUUUAAAAAAAAACGUUUUGUAUCAGAAUUAGAAACGGAGUGGAACUUUAUGUGGUAUGGAGGUAAAAUUUCAAACAUUUUACAUCUCAUUAGAAUGGAAUCAAAUGGAGUGGCUAAAGAAUAAAUUAUUAAGCAUUCAGACUUAUAGUAAAAGUGCCACUUCCAAGGUGCCUUUGCUAGUAUUUUGUCUAUCACAAUUUUUAUCUCAGGUAUAGCUAUAAUUAUGUAUGUAACUCAAGAAUGCAUGUUGGCUACAAACACUUUAAAUAUGAUUUUAUUUGUUUUUAAACAUAACACAUGUUUUUAAAAUUAAAUUAAUAAGUUAGCCUCUUGGGUUGGAACGAGAGGGUCUGGAUUUUGCUCAUAACAUCACAGCUACCUUGGUUUUCAUGUUGGAAAAUUGAACUUAACAAUUUGACAGCUUAAAAUUAGUCUAAUCAACUUUUUCUUGUCAUAUGAUGCCAUUGUUAUGUCUCCUUAGUAUCUUAACACAUUCACUGCCGGGAACCCACCUAGUGGGCGCUUGUGAACUUUGUUCAGAUGCCGGACAACCCGCUGGGCUGGAUGUUUUGUACGCAGCUAUAGACCACCGGUUUCUGGGGUACAGCACCGUUUUUUGUCUAGCAGUGAAUGUGUUUAUAAAAUCCAUGAUUAGAAAAAAACAUGAAGAUGUUAGUUUUUUUUUUUUUUAAGAAACUAAUUAUGGUGUUGUGGCUGACAGGACAGAAUAACAAGGAAUAAUUGAUAAACUAAGAAAAUCAGGAAUUGAUAAAUGUGAGUGACGUCUAUAACUUGUUUUAAUUGGUGACAAUACACAACCUGUGUUGGGUCUAGUCUUGUGAACUGUUUGAUCUAUUGUAAAUUUUACUGAUAUCAUAUACAGUAGGGACCCGAGUUGUAACUUUAAAAUGAAUAAUUCUAUAAUACCCUGUUUAUCAAAGUUGAGAUGGAUAUGUUCUUAACAUUUUAGGAUAUGGUAUAUUUAAGAUGAUGUAUAUGUACUGAAAAUAAAAGUAUUUUAUUUCGGAAA